GAUUGCUCGCCAUGUUCUCCAUGACGUCAUCAUGAUUGUUUGCCUGCAUCAAUGCACCGGAUCAGGUUACUUUCACCUGCCGUGUAGUGCGACCCAUAGCCGCCUGGUGUCCCAUCGCCGCACGGAAUACGCUGAAGAAACACUCUAUCUACCAUCGGCAUCCACUACACUCCGGCUCAUAACCUCCAGGGACCCUAUCAUAUCAAAGCCACGUGUUGAUUACCCAGUGUUAAUAACUAGUGGAUCGAUUGCAAAGGACAAAAGUCAACCAGACAGUCCCGUUACGCCCGUUGCCAUCCGUCGAUAUUCAGACGAAGCUUAUUUGCCUUCAUCGAUGUGCUACUUCUUGCAUGGCUGGUAGGAUUGCGUAACCACCACAGACGAGUUAGUGAAAGCGAGAGUGGUAAUCCUUAGUAUCGACAUCUUGUAAGUUUGUUCUCCUACGACACUGGCGUGAUAUUCUCGUCUUGCCUUCAGGAGUUGCUUGGAGUUCAGCUUUUUCUCUAUCCGUUAAGGUAACACCUGCAUGAUCUCGCGUCGGACGAAACAUCUCAAGUAGAGCCAUUGUGAACAGAUAUUCAGGAUCAAUUUGUUUGAGAAAUUGGAGUCAAAUUUAAUCUGCAUUGAUAACUGUCAGAUCGGAUUCGAGGAUUUUGUUUUGAUUUGUGCUAUUCAAUUCGAUAAGGACAAUGCGUAUUUCGUGGAUACCUAAAACCGAGGAUGUACCAUCUCUUGCCACGAGCUCCAAGAUGGAUAUCGCGAUCAGAGGGCAAAAGAGGGCCAAACUGAGGGAUGACAAGCCGGUAUUUGAUGCUGAUGAUAUGGACGUUAGUAAGGAAGGCAUCGUUGGAAUUGCCGCGGGGACUAUCGGCGCCCUUGUCCUGUUCAUAGUGCUGGCCGUGGUCGCCUACAGGAUAUGGAUGAGGAAGAAGACCAAGAAGGGCUUUGGCGAUUAUGAGAAGAUUAAGCCUUCCAUGGUCAAACAGCCCCUGAAUGUGGUGCCCGGAGACAGGGUCACAACCGUUCCCGUCGGACACCAAGUCAGUAUGAAGACGAUUCCGUUCACGGUGCCCCCGGUGAGCACCCCUCCUAUCAACAGGAGGGUAGACUUUAGGAGCUUGGACGAGGCCAGUAAUGGCAGUGGAUCUGAACCGGGAUCUCCGAAGCGACCUUCCGUGGAAUUAUCAGGUGCCUACGCCCUCGGCAGUAUUGACCCCAGCCUUUACAAGGUCACUGAUGAGGACGAAGCCUACGACAUCCCAGCAGGACAUAUCGGCCGAAUAUGGUUUGCUGUGGAGUACGAGCUGGAAUCGGAAAAACUUUUAGUGACACUGAUUAAGGCCAAGAACUUGCCCAGUAGAAGCCUUGGUAGCAUGAACCAGUGUGACCCAUUCGUCCGUAUUUACCUAAUGCCCGAUGAAAGAAGAUAUUUGCAAUCAAAAAGUAGGAAGAAAACCACUAACCCCAAGUUUGAAGAAAGUUUUGUAUUCCAGGUUCCCCACAAAUCCUUCGAGGAGCGCUGCCUCAAGCUGACCAUGUAUGACGUGGACCGUCACCGGCGCCACCAGGUUAUUGGACAUGCUGUGUACCCACUGAAGGAGCAUGACAGCGAGUGUAACGAGAGAGUGGUCAUCUGGCGAGAUUUGGAACGAGAGGUGUCGGAGGCGGCUACUGAUGUCUGCGGGGAGCUCCAUGUAUCGCUCCAGUACAACGAAAACCUUGAACGGCUGACGGUUGGGAUAUUCGAAGGCAAGAACUUCAAACUGCUCGAUGGGUGUUCGUCAGUUGACACGUAUGUCAAGGUCAGUCUUUCACUCCAAAGCAAAAUGACCAAGCUAAAGAAGACCGAGGUUCUGAAGAAAACUAGUGACCCACAGUUUAAUGAAUCGUUCAACUUCAAGCUGGCCGCCUCCGCUCAGGACAUCGCCAGCAUCAAUAUCUUAGCUAUGCAACAAGUCAGCGGACAUAAAGAUCGACAAAUCGGACGAGUUGUGCUUGGGUGCUUUAUGUUCGCUCGUGGCAAAGAACUCGAGCACUGGAACGAAAUGCUCUCAAAAGCACCAGAACCAACCAGCAGCUGGCACACCCUUAGCUAGGCCUGGCUUACACCUGUAUUGGCUGUUGAUCUAGAUGAUUGGCUGGAUGUUGUCAGCCGCGAUCUUUGAGUAGGUCUCGAAAGACCACGUGGAGCUGGUUUCCUUGAGGUGUACGCUUCGAGUACCGAGUCUGGCAGACUGGAAGAGAAAAACAGUUAGUUUUAACAGCAGUGGAGCACGAGAGAAGUCAAGCAGGAACCUGCGCAGCAUUGUAGCCUUAACAAUAAGAACCGAGGUGCCGAAGAAAAAAAUCAAUUUUCAAAAUUUUGUCUUAUUCGUGUUUCCGUGUAUCUUUUCCCUAAACAUCAAUGUACAGCUUUUGUAGGACUUUUUAUGGCUUUUUGUGAGGCUUCUGCUGCUAAAAAGCACUGUGGCAAAAAGGGACUGCUGAUGGUGUAUGUAGUUACGAGGAACUAUGACAAGACGAAAAGAUGUGACGCAUUUACCCGUUGUUGUAAUAUGUUAAUAAAGAUACGAUUAUUUGUACCAUAAAUGAAUAGGUGUGUCUAUAAGCAAAUCAAUGUAGAAGAAAGAAUCGUAGGAGGGUCCAUUUUUCGAAGUAAUUUAAGGACAGAGGGAGUGCAAUACCUGAGGAACCUCAUCCUACACAAACCACACCCUUCUAUGACAUGGUUCACGCACACUGGCUCUCAUGCGAUAUUGUCACUGGCUACUACAACACAUUCAACAUAUUGUAAACAAGGACUUUAAAUCGUAGCACAACUUUCAACAUGGCCGUCAUGUAACCUUUCCAGGAUACCGAAGAGAAUAGUAUGGGCUGUGAUAUCAAGUACAAGUUGACUAUUUCUGUCAGUCGUUCUGUUGGCGAAUGACCAAUUUAUAUAAUGUGAUUGGAACUUGGGUCUGGUUGUUCAAAACAAUGAGUUGAAGUCCCUGCUAGGCGUUAAUUUUAACUUUGCAUCAAGUCUAAUCGUUUGGUUACUGUGUUAUCUUUAUGGAUUGUCUUCGGGCAUGUAAAAAUGGUGUCUUUCAAAAAAACUGGAAUUAUAUCAAAACUUAUAUUUUGUUGCCGAGCUUGUUCAAACAAAACAGGACAAAACGAAUCAUUGUUGAGAGAGUUUAUUAUAUUCAAGUCGGGGCUGCUGCAAUCCGCAAGACCAUUCGGGGUCAAAGUGAUAUUUGAUGAGUUUUCUGGACCAAUCGGAGAGGGAUAUUUGAAGAGUAUUCUUGACGCUUUCAUAUAAGGAAAGUGGUGAAUGUACAUUGAUGGUAGUUCUAGUUGAAAUUGGUGUUCACAAGUUGUCAUAUGUUGAUAUAUUAUUGUAUAUACAUAUGGUGUUGAUUAAAUGCUUCCGCAAUAAAUGCGUGCGCAUGCUCACUUGGUAUUGCAUAUCUGUAAAUAUGUUGAAUGCAAAAAGGAAUCACGUAUUUUUAAGUGUGAUCCCAUACGCUAAUAUUCACGUGUGUUUAUACGCAUUGUAAAUAGGCUGUAAAUACAUUAUGUCUGCAUGGACUGCAUGAUGUGGAGCGGAUUCAGGGGGAUUUUAGUUCGAAACCCGAAAGGGAAAUUGCUUAAAUCACCUGCUGUUUCACGACAUCUUCUUGCGAGUCUUCACAUAGAUCUCAUACCAUUACAGUGUCAAUCGACUGGUAAAAUUUUUCGAGGGAGGGAGAAGAGCUUAUCUUAUUAAGAUUGCUUUUGAAAAUAAUCUUUGUCCUCACUAAAAUGAUAACUACCCAACAUUAAGGAACUUUGGAUGUAAAAUCGUGAUAUUCAUUUCAGCUCGCUUAUUUGGGUAAUUGUCUGGUCUUGAUUGUCAAGACAAGUUUUGAUGAAAUUCGAUACCAAUAUCUCACUGAGUCCGUUCAAAAUGGAUUGUACCGAUAUAUAGCAUAGGUAAUAUAAUCAUGUGUUCAAUAUCUUAUGAUGUAGUGUAAAAUUCAUAAAUGAAAUGCUAAUCAAAGUAGCACUGUAUUAUAGAUAAAACACUACAUGUAAUGUAUUCUUAGCACCAACAUUACAAAGGUUUGUAAAUUUUAUUUGAUUGGUUAGAAGUUGGAAACAUUGACUUUGAAACAUCAUGAAAAAUGAAAAGAAUUGGACUGCAUGGCACUGUUCAUUUCAAAAUUUAAACAUAUCCGUACUCGACGUCAUACAUAUCUGUGGCAAGAGCUGUUUACAUAAAGCGCCGCGCAAGUGGGCGAUUUUGGCUUGAUCAAAAUCUCGACGCCGACGUUAGGGACGGAGCUGUCGUCGGAGUCGACAUUUUGAUCGCCCGCCUUCGGACGCCUAUGGUCCUGCAUCAGAGUGUUGGCUUUCCUCAGAGUGCGAAAUCGUCUUUAUAGUUGUCACAUCUGUAUUGUCACGAUUAGGCAACAGCGUCCGCAGUUCUUCUUCGAUUGUAACAAAAAGUUCGGUUUGAUAGAUUUCUGUAACCAUACACAAUACAUUGAAAUAGACAACAUAAAGCUUUCUUUUAAUUUGGAGCAUUUAAUGAUAACCUGUGGUAAGUUCGGAAUUAAACCGGGUAUGCAGUUGUUAUCUAUUA